AGACCACUCCCCGGACUAGUCUGCCUGGGGCUGGAGAAUGAAGAAAGGGGGUCUCCUGGGUUGGGAAUUAUCUCCAUGUUUAGAGGAGCGGAGCCGAACCCCUCUCUCUUAUUCCCCCACCCAAGAGGGCUGCGCUCCGCUCCGCUCUCUAAGCAGCCUGGGUCAGGUAGAAGCUCCGGGAUACAGUUCCGUGAGUAGGAGGGUGUGUAUCGCGGUGAUGGGGGAAGGCUUUGCUCAGGAAACCAGUCCCCUGAUUCACCUAUGUAACUGGAUGUGCGUGUGCUCCAUGACUAAGUGAAACACUGGGACUCUCAACCUGCUGUUCUCUGUGUUAACAGCACCAGCAGGUGGAUCGUGAUGGCAAAUUUCAAAGGUCAUGCUCUCCCAGGCAGUUUCUUCCUGCUCUUUGGCCUCUGGUGGUCUGUGAAAUACCCUCUGAGGUACUUCAGCGAGAAGGUGAAUAAAAAGUCCCAUAGAAACCACUGUUUCCAACGCCUGGAUGUCAUUGAAGGAGUGGUCAAAAUCAUCUUUGCCCUGAUAGGAAUGCUGGCUGAGCAGUUUGUCCCCGAUGGCCCCCACUUGUAUCUCUACAGUGGCGAGGAACGCGGCUGGGUGAAGUUGAUGAACUGGCAGCACACGACCAUGUACUUGUUCUAUGGACUCUCAGGUGUGGUGGAUGUGCUCACUUACUCCCCGCUCAAGGUGCCCCUUGGACUGGAUCGUCUUAUGCUGUCGGUGGCUGUGUUUGUUGAAGGUUUUCUCUUUUAUUAUCACGUCCUUCACCGCCCCAUGCUAGAUCAGCAUAUCCACUCCCUGCUGCUCAUUGCCGUGUUCGGUGGGGCCUUCAGCAUCCUGCUGGAAGUCUUCCUCCGCGACAACAUUGUCUUGGAGCUCUUCAGGGCUAGCCUCACCAUCCUGCAGGGAACCUGGUUCUGGCAGAUUGGGUUUGUGCUGUUCCCACCACGGGGAGGCCCAGCCUGGAAUGAGGAUGACCAUGACAACAUCAUGUUUGUCACCAUGUGCUUCUUCUGGCACUACGCGGCUGCUAUUCUCAUCAUGAUUGCCAACUACGCUCUCACUUACUGCUGCAUUCAAAGAUGUAAGAGAAACAAUGGAGAAAUAGAUAUUGGACUUGAGGUUCGGAAGCAGAAAAGUGACAAAAGCUCCCAUAUUGCCCUCUUAAAUGGAUCGGAUGAGGAAUGACGAUGGUGCACCUUGGCUGAUGUCUCUUAUUUCCUAAAGAUUAUGAGAAUCAAUUUUUUUUUAAUCAGAGUAAUAUUUAUAUUGGAAUAUCAAGAAGGAAGAUCCUGCAAUUUUACUGCUGAACAGUAUGGACAGACUCAAGAUGUGAUCUCUGCUCUCCUGUAAAUUCCCUGAAGCCCUUUGGAUCUGAAAUAUCCUACUUCUGAGCAAUUUCUUUAAUGGCAAAAUCAAAUGCAGAAAUUCAAAUGUCAGGACAGUUUGGCUUAUGGGAUCUCGGGUCUAUGCUGCCGCCAUAGUGAUGGACCAGAACCUCCCAGGUACAUUUUCAGAGUGAAUGGAGGGCUGACCUGUGAUGAUCGAAGUUGGAGAAACCUCCAGACUGGGCUUCAAUAACUCCAGUGACACCUUGUGGAGUAAAGGAUUCGGAAGGGUCACCCCAAGCAGGAAGAGCACAGGCCUAUGCCAAAGAAUGUGCACUGUCAUUGUUCAAUUGUACGCUAUUGAAAUUUUGUACUACGUCUAUCAGCUUAAGUCUUUUUUUAUAUUUUUGAGGCAAGCCUUACAAAGACUGAAAUGAUAAGAAAUAAAAAUCCUACUUGACCAGGUGUCCGUAAUUCAUCAGUUUAUAAUCUGAGUAUUGCGCAGCAAGUACUAAACGUUACCUUCUUACUCUUUGGCCUGUCUAUCUUCAGGUUUUGUACUGCUGCCUAUCACCAGAGUAUGAAAAGCCUCCCAGGUAAAGUAGAUUGGAAUAACAAGGUCCCUAAUGGAUAUCCCAGAGUCUGAGGCAAUCUGAAUGCAACUUCAGGUUUUUGACAGAUGUAAACCAUACUCCUGAAGGUUGGAUAGGACAAAUAUGUGUGUCCCAUCCCAGUGUUGCACAGGCUGAUUUAGAGUCUAGCUGUCCUGCCCAAUGA